UCGUCUCCUUCCUCCUCGCGCCGUCCCGCUCCGCCAUCUCUCUCCUUCGAGUCCCCCUCCAAUGGCCGGAACUCCACCGCCUCCUCCUACCUCCGGCUGCUUGACGCAGCUUCUGCCUCGCCAAAAAUCCGUCCUGUCCUCACCGCAACCACUCGCCAUCACCCGGCACGCAUGCGCCCUGCGCCAGCGCCACUGCAGGCUGGAGCCGUCAUCCCCCCCAGCUCACCAUCUGAUAGAACGGCGAAUCAGUCCAGGUUCGCACCAGCUUCCUCUCCGUCGGCCUCAAGCUAAUCCCUUAGAAAAAUCCUCUUUGUUUGUUUUGAUUCCGGCGAGAACUCGUCCGUGAAUCCCUGAAAUUACUGGGACUACCGUUUGAGCCUAGAAAUCCAUUCAGGAGCAAGCUGUAGGAUGCUGUCGGUAUUCUGUGCCUUCAGAUGCCGACAUUGAUGACCUGAUCCUCAUACCUUGUGGCUACAAUGCAAACUGUGGUCAAUUCCAUUGAAUGUUCAUGUGCAGAGAAGUCAUCUUCGAAGCAUCAAUCAGCUAGCUGUAAUGGGUAAGAGCAACCCCACCCUUAUUAGUUUUCAUGAUCUGGUCAAAAUGUGUCACUGUCAACCAGGACUUUUCAUGGAGCUCUAGUUGUUGUGAAACCCGCUGACUUGGACUGCUUGUGAGGCAAGGAUCGAGAGAUUGGGACAGGGAAACAACAGAUAUAAGCGGUACUUGUGCAGCCACCAGCUGAAACCAUCUCUGCAACCAUGGUUCCUGCUCUUCCAACUCACCUUUCCAUUGUCCUCUCCUUUUUCAUCCUAGUCUCAAGCGCUGUGAGUCGAGAUACUCUGCAGCUAGGAUCCUCCAUCGCCAUCGAAGCCUACAGAAGUGAAAUCCUGCAAUCACCGGACGGCACCUUCUCCUGCGGCUUCUACAGCGUCUACGACCACGCCUUCACCUUCUCCAUAUGGUACUCUGAUGCAGCCAACAAGACUGUCGUCUGGAGCGCGAACCAUGACCGCCCCGUCCAUGAAAGGAGGUCAUCCCUGACCUUGCGCAAGGACGGCAGCAUGGUCCUCAAAGAUUAUGACGACACGGUCGUGUGGCAAGCCGGUGAUGGCAACCUCAGGAAUGUCCAGCAUGCUCAGCUGCUGGAUACUGGGAAUCUCGUCAUCAAGGAUACCAGUGGCAAUAUAAUAUGGCAAAGUUUCGAUUCGCCGACAGACACGCUCCUACCGGGCCAGCGUAUCACCGCGGCGACGAAGCUGGUCCCGACAACCCAAUCUCGUGUUCCUGGUAACUACAUCUUCCGUUUCAACGAUCUGUCAGUGCUGUCACUUAUAUAUGAUGUUCCUGAUGUUUCGGAUAUAUACUGGCCAAACCCUGAUAAUAGUGUGUACGACAAUAGUAGAAACCGGUAUAACAGUACUAGGUUGGGGAUUCUUGACAGCAAUGGGACCCUUGCGUCGAGUGAUUUCGCUGAUGGAGCACUACUUAAGGCUUCUGAUUCAGCACCGGGGACUAAGAGAAGGCUAACUCUUGACCCUGACGGUAAUCUCCGACUGUACAGCCUGAAUGACUCGGAUGGGUUCUGGUCAGUUUCAAUGGUAGCAAUCUCCCAACCUUGCACUAUCCAUGGUUUAUGCGGUCCUAAUGGAAUCUGUCAUUACUCGCCUGAACCUACGUGUUCUUGCCCACCGGGUUAUGUGAUGCGCAACCCGGGUAAUUGGACCGAAGGUUGCACGGCUAGUUUCAACAUAACCUGCCCUGGUCAGGAACCUAUGGAGUUUGUGAAACUUCCGCACACAGAUUUCUGGGGAUCUGAUCAGCAACGUCUUCUGGGAGUUUCCUUUGAGGCUUGUAGGAAAAUCUGCAUCAGUGACUGCAGCUGCAAAGGCUUUCAGUACCAGCACGGCUCGGGGUCUUGCUACCCAAAAGCUCAUCUUUUCAGUGGGAAGUCCUGUGCGACACCCAGCGUGCGGACAAUGUAUGUCAAGCUUCCUGCCAGGUUGAAUGUUUCAGAUUCACCUAUCCCUCAGUCCGGUGUGUUAGAGUCUGCUCCGCCUCGUCUCGAUUGUAAUCAGAUGAGCAGAGGAAUCAGAGAUCCAUUUCCAGAUGUGCAAAAGACUGGUGAUGGAGAAUCAAAGUGGAUCUACUUCUACGGUUUCAUAAUUGCAAUUUUUGUGGUUGAGAUUUCCUUUAUGAUAUGUGCAUGGUUCUUUGUUUUGAGAACGGAGCUGAGGCCAUCAGAAAUGUGGGCAGCUGAGGAAGGUUAUAAGGUGAUGACUAGUCAUUUUCGAAGAUACAGCUACAGAGAGCUUGCGAAGGCGACACGGCAGUUCAAAGUUGAGCUAGGAAGGGGAAGGUUAGGUGUUGUGUAUAAAGGUGUCCUGGAAGAUGAAAGAACAGUGGCUGUGAAGAUGCUGGAAAAUAUAAGUCAAGGCAAGGAAGAGUUUCAAGCUGAGCUGAGUGUCAUCGGGAGGAUUUACCACAUGAACCUGGCGAGAAUCUGGGGUUUUUGCUCAGAAGGGUCUCAUAGAAUGUUGGUUUAUGAGUAUGUGGAGAACGGAUCCCUGGCAAACAUUUUGUCCAACGACCAAAAAAAUAUUGUGCUGGACUGGAAGCAAAGGUUUAAUAUCGCAUUAGGUGUCGCCAAAGGGUUGGCCUAUCUUCACCACGAGUGCUUAGAAUGGGUCAUCCAUUGUGAUGUGAAACCUGAGAAUAUACUGUUGGACUCGGACAGUGAGCCUAAGAUCGCGGACUUUGGGUUGGCAAAGUUGCUAAACAGAGGCGGGUCCAGUCAGAACAUGUCGCAGGUGCGAGGAACGGCAGGUUACAUCGCUCCCGAGUGGGUUUCUGGCCUCCCAAUCACAGCGAAAGUUGAUGUGUAUAGUUAUGGAGUAGUGCUGCUUGAGCUUUUAUCUGGGUCAAGAGUUUCAGAGUUGGCUGUAGGUUCAGAUGCAGAGGUGCAUAUCAUGCUCCACAAGCUUGUCAGGGCGCUUGCUGAUAAACUGGAAGGAAAUGAAGAAUCGUGGAUUGAUGAAUUUGUUGAUCACGAAUUGAGUGGACAGUUCAGCUAUCUGGAAGCAAGAACAUUGAUCGAGGUGGCUGUUUCUUGCUUGUGGGAAGAUAUAAACAAGAGACCGACCAUGGAAUCUGUAGUACAGACUCUCAUGUCGUUUGAUGAAGCUAGUCAUUAGUGCUUGGACUAGCAUUUUCUAUGGAAUUUUUGAAUAAGGUAAUAUUGAAUAUAAUUGGCAUAUGUUUGUUUCUUCGUCUGAAUAGCGGUUAUGUAGUCACAGUGGGACAAUUUCCAUGUUCAUCGUGCUAAUUUCAAGUUUACUGAUAUCAUGUAAAUACUGAAGCCUGACCCUAGUUUUGGAUUCAUGUAAAGUGGAGAACAGAUUUGUGCUCCUUAAUUUAUUGUAGUGGCGUUUGUGUGAGAUAUUUCUUACU